AUGAAAUACACAAAAUCGAAAACUGAUGUUACUGAUACAAAGGCCCAGGAAACCUUAGAUCCGGCAGGUGUGGGUGAGCUCGCCACACAGGUCGUCAUCAAUAGCUCUGAAAAUGCGCAAUCGAACUUGGAAAUGGAAAAUUUGGAGUAUUACGAUACGGACAUACAUAACAGACACUGCUACUCAGUCCCUCUAAGACUAAGGGGAGGAGGGGAUGAGGACGACGGAAACGUUGUCGAAAUGACAGAUAAAGAAAGUACAAGUGGUGACAUGGGCAAUCCAGGUGGCGUAAAGCGCGGCCCACCCUCCCCGGGUUCGCCUAGCGUUAGCCAAACAACUAAGUUGCUGAAAACUGCGAUAAAGCAGCCAGGAGAAGUCAGCGAUCUCCUGGGCUGGCUUGAGCAGACGGUGGUACAAGAAAGAGAGAAAAAGAAACUUGGUGUACAAAUCGCGGAAAAGAUGAUGAAUAAGUUGAACAGACUAAGGACACUUGUGCGGGAGAUAUCCCACGAAAACAGUAGACUGAACGGCGAGCUGAAGGGCAAAGAGGACGCCCACGCUCAGAGCCUCUCAGUUUUUAUAAACAAGCUGCAUGAUAAAACCGCCGAAACCAGCGGCCUCAGAGCCGAGCUGGAGGCGUUGAAGACCAACACUGUAGCGCCAAGCCCAGCAGCGGCACAACAGUCUUCGUACGCCGCUAAGGCUGCGACGAAGACUGCAUCUAAGACACCAAGGGCAGCAGCCGCGCAAAUGAACGUAAGCGCACCUCCGGCCAAGUCGAAGAAGACGGCGGAGAGGGACCUAAUCAGUAAGAGUCGUAAAGUCAAAGCGACAUCUCGCUUUAUCGUCGAGAUACCGCAAGACACGACGGUGGCGAAAGCGAAAGCCGGUGUCUGGCAGGCUGUUAGGGCGAAGUGCAGUAACCCUAAGGCUAAGACCUUAGUCAGCGGAAGGGCGCUGGUGAUCAUCCCGGACGACGCUAACACGUUGGAGGUGAUGAGGGGCAUUAGCGACAUGAGAGAAUUAGGCCCGAGGAAGCCCCGCGUCAUAAUCUAUGACGUCGACGGUGGCAUCGAAAAGGAUGAGCUGACCGAGUGUCUCCUGGCGCAAAAUGCGGAGCUCGGCAUCACAGCAGAGGAUAUGGGCAACUCAGCCCCGCUCCAUAAGCUUGGCCCGCGGGAUAGCGACGUGGUCCAUUGGGUCAUGGAAGUCCCGCCAAGCGUCCUUGCAAUAAUUGAGAAUAAGUCAUUAUACAUAGGCAUGACUAGAUGUAGGUGUAGACUACAUAGUAGUUUGCCGCAGUGCUACAACUGCCAGCAGUUUGGCCAUAUGGUCAAAAGAUGCGAGCAGACGGCGCCGACGUGCAGGCAGUGUGCUGGGGCACACGAUUCUCGCACAUGCAAAAUAGAAUCGAUCAAGUGCGCAAACUGCAAAGGCCCACAUAAGGCGUCGAGCGCGGCCUGUAAGGCCAGAGGCCAGGCAACCCGAAGCCUACUUAGGCGCACAGACUUCGGCCCGAAAUGA